CUGCCGCUUGAGUUCGUUGUGAUGUCGAAGAUCCUGCGGACAUGUUCACAUUCUGGGAGAUGAUUCAGACUCAACUUGACAACCCCUCGAUGCGGCCGUUAUUUUACAGCCGGCGGCCACGGGCGUGCUGUUGUUUAUGACGCGGGGCAGCAGGCGGCGCUGUGUGCGCCCUCAUUGCUUCUCCGCGUCAGGCGCUGACGCUUGGUUGCCUGGAGACGAAGAGGCCGCGAACGGUUUGUAGAAGGCUGAUCUGCUGCACCGAGGCCUUGGCGCAGCAGACGCGAUGAAUGAAACGUGCGUUCAGCCGCAGGGCGAUACGCGGUCUCCGGCGAUGGCCUGGGAAGCCUAGGGCUGUCGGCAAUGGACAACUACUCCUCCAUUAGAGUGGUGGGCAAGGGCAGCUACGGAGAGGUGCAGCUGGUGAAGCACCGAAUCGAAGGGAAGCAGUAUGUAGUGAAGAAGCUGAACCUGCAGACCUCUUCAAGGAAGGAGCGGAAGGCAGCGGAACAAGAGGCCCAACUUCUGUCUCAGCUUCGACACCCCAACAUCGUGACCUACAGGGAGUCCUGGGAGGGUGAUGAUGGUCAACUGUAUAUCGUCAUGGGCUUUUGUGAGGGCGGCGACCUCUACCACCGUCUGAAGGAGCAGAAAGGUCAUCUUCUUGCUGAAAGUCAGGUCGUGGAGUGGUUUGUUCAGAUUGCCAUGGCACUGCAGUAUUUACAUGAGAAGCACAUCCUUCACAGAGACCUUAAGACCCAAAACAUCUUCCUUACUAAAACUAAUAUAAUCAAAGUGGGAGAUCUUGGCAUCGCAAGAGUGCUGGAGAACCAAAAUGACAUGGCCAACACCCUUAUUGGGACGCCAUACUACAUGAGUCCUGAGCUCUUCUCUAACAAGCCCUAUAACUACAAGUCUGAUGUCUGGGCGUUGGGAUGCUGUGCAUAUGAAAUUGCAACUCUGAAGCACGCGUUCAAUGCCAAGGAUAUGAACUCCUUGGUAUACCGUAUUGUUGAAGGAAAGCUUCCGCAAAUGCCCAAAGAUUAUAACCCUCAGCUUGGAGAGAUAAUACGAAGCAUGCUCAAUAAAAAACCCGAGGAUCGCCCAGACGUGAAGCAGAUCUUGAGACAGCCUUACAUCAAGGGUCAGAUCGCCGUGUUUCUGGAAGCUACCAAAAUGAAAACUGCCAAACCAAGGAAAAAGGAGUCCAACCGCAGGUCAGAAGGAUCUUCAUCUACACCCUCAAAUGUUCAUUUAAAGCAACAAGAAGUUAUGCCGCACCACCCUCGGGAAUCCAACAAGAAGCUGAAAAUGAAUGAAGAAAAAGGUGCGAAAAAAAUCAAAAAGCACGAUCUUCCACUAGAAAGCCCUUUGCCUGCAAAGCCUUCCCUCCCUCCUGCCUUCAGUGGCGAUGCUGUAAAUACUUUAAAUGCCUCCCUGGCAACCCUUAGCAAAGUGGAUAUUGAUAUGAAGCCUGACGACCCUAACAAAAGGACACCUGAUCCAGAGACUGAACAAAUCUCCAGUGUCACCAGCGCUGAGGAGCUGAAGAAGCCGUCCAAAGUGCAAGAGCUGUACCGACGAUUGGGCUCUAAAACAGCGGAAAAAAGUAAACGCCCGUUGGCAAAACAGAACCAUUUCCAAAAUAUGGACGAGAACGAGGACACUGCAGAGCUCCUUCGGGGUUUGCCUUCAAAAACCAAUUCUGCUGACAUACAGGAGAAUUUCGAUUCCACAGAAAUGCUUUUAGAACCAUUUGUUGCAGUUAAAGUGGACGAUUCAUUCGGAGAUGCCCCAGCUAGACUUCAGCCUCACAGUUCGUCUUCUGAGCCUUCAGUCUCUCGGCAGCGGAGAGUUCAAAACAAAGAGCACAGCGAGGAGUUUAGGGUGGUACCUCCCAGGCCUUUGCCUUGCCCCCCUCAGAUUACAGACACGAGUCAUGAAAAGAAGAACCUCAGUAAUUUGGAGAUCCAACAAGGUGGAAUAUCCCGGUCACUUUGCAGUUCAAAAAACGGCGAAGUGAUUGCAUCACAGGAGCGCCCCCUGUCAGCAAGAGAGAGAAGACGACUUAAACAGUCACAGGAGGAUUUUUUCUCUGUUAAUCUACCGAGACGGGCAUCUCAUGAUGUAGUUUUGGACUCGAAGAAACCGUCAGCUGGAAUGAUUCGGUCUUCAUCUGAUCUUAUUACACAUAAAGAAAAGCAGCAGGUGGCAGCGAUGCAGCAUCUGUCUGAUGAAGAUGAGUGCAGCUCUUCAACGAGUUCUACUGACCGGUCAGAGGGAGAAUGUAAGGAUGGCAAGAGUGAUUUCAAUGAAAUGCAGGAUCUGGUGCAACUGAUGACCCAGACGUUAAAGAUGGACUCUAAAGAACUCCACGGUACGCCUUCUACAGCAGCAGCAACACCAGAGUUUAAGCUGAAUCGAAAGUACCGAGACACGCUGCUGCUGCACGGAAAGGCACACGAGGAGCAGAGAGAAUUCCUUUUCAGUGAAUUUCCUUCAGAUUCUACUUCUGCUCAUGCAAAAAUUAAAAGGACAAUUGAGUCUAUGAGGACAAACAUCAUGAAUGGAAUUGGAGUAAAGCUUUUAGACAAAGUUUUGGACAUAAUGGAGGAAGUUGAUGAUGACCAAAGAGAGGUGAGGCUACAGGAACAUCUAGGAGAAGAGAAAUACCGAGAAUACGCAGUGAUGGUCAAGCAGCUGAAAUUCCUGGAAGAUCUCGCUCUGAACAGCCAGCACUCUUUCUCUUGAGAGCGGACUUUGACUCACGGAAGAUGUGAAGAUUAUUUUGUGCCUUUUUUUGUCUUUGUAGGGUGAGAAUUUAAAAGCUGGCCGGAUACAGAUGGCCGGUUUUAUUUUUGUUUAUACUUUUUUUUUUUUUGGACAUAUAUGCAACUAUUUUGUACCAAGCUGAUGUUAAUAAGAUUAACUGCGAUUCCAAAAGGUAUGCAAUCCGGUGUGGAUGUCAGGACAGAUUGUGUUUUGUGCCCACCCAGUAGGACACGCUGGAUAACCGAUGACCAGUACUUCUAUAAUGGCGGCUGCUGUCUCGUUUUAGAAUCACGAUGUGCAGUUUGUUUCCCUUUCAACGACUUGUUAGCCUUUCUUUCUAACUUUAGCACAAGUGUAAAAGAUUUAUAACACUAUAAAUGUAUUUCUGAAGAGAGCGUUACACUCCGUAAAUGAUGGCAUAGAAAGUACAGUAUUUAAAAUAUGCAAUUACUGGGAAAACUAUAGAGAAACUGUGCAAAAAAAAAAAAGUGUAAUUAUACUCAUCAUAUAAAAUUAAAGCCGUUUUUUAUAUUCUUCGCUGAUAA